UAAAUGAGCCUUAGGUACCGGUUCAUCUACAUACAGCUUCGUCGAGCGCCUCUACUACGUGGCUGCGGCCGACCUCGACCGGCUGCGCGAGGCGGCGAUGGCGAGCGGCAGGCGCCCCUCCCGCGUCCAGGCGCUGUCGGCGUACCUGUGGAAGGCGCUCGCCGGCGUGGUGGCCGCGUCGCGGGUGCCCGAGGAGCGCUGCCGCCUGGCGUGGUGGGUGGACGCCCGGCCGCGGCUGGCGGCGCCAGAGCUCGCCGCCGUGAUGCCCAACUACUUCGGCAACGCCACGACGUACACCUCCGCGGACGCGACCACGGAGGAGGUCCGGCGGAAGCUGCUGGCGGACGUCGCGGCCAUGGUGCGGGAGGCCAUCACGGCGAUCGACUACGACGAGUACGUGCAGGAGAUCAGCGACUGGGUGGAGGAGCACAAGGAGGAGAUCUUCGUGGAGUCGCCGCUGCUCGGGCUCGGCGCCCCGACGCUGAGCCAGACGGUGUUCGCGUCGUUCCCGCUCGACACGGACUUCGGCUUCGGCCAGGCGGCGCUCGCCAUGCCCGUCUUCCGCUACACGAGGCUGAGCUCCGGAUUCAUGGCCAUCAGCGCGCGCCCCUCGGGAGGCGACGGGUCCUGGUUCGUCAGCGCCUGCAUGUGGCCGCGGCUUGCGACGGCGCUCGAAUCUGACGAGCAGCACAUCUUCAAGCCUCUCACGGCAGACUUUCUUGGCCUGGUCUAGAGUCUGGACCUCGUCGAUCGGCGGCUGAGUGCCUCUUGGACCUCUCAGCUUUCUUUACCUCUAUGAGCAACUCCUAUUUCUCCUUUUUUUUCCUGCUGUAAACCUGCCAGUAUAAUAUACCUGUUUCAUGCUAAUCCAAUCUUAAUUUGAAUGGGCA